UGUUUCCAUGGAGUUGUGGGGGAACGACGCGAAUUUUUUUGCCGAACUACUACGCUUGCCUAAUUGAGGAUGUGCCGGCAAUCUCUGGGAUUAUCCGGGCUAGCGACGAGGCGGAUCAGCGCGAAGCGAGACUGUAUCCAGCACGACCACCUCUGUGCCUCCCCCUGCCACGUCGCUCGUUGGUAACGGUUUGAGCGCAAAGCAGGCUUUCGCUCUCCUAGAUCUCAUCUCUAAUCAGCUUUUGUUGAUAAUGUCUUGGAAACUGGGUAAGAGCAAGCCCAAACCUAAUCUUUCCGCACAAGACUCUUCUCCUCGUUCGACCACUCCCACCCCAGGCAAUCCCGACGGACGACCCAUGCCUCGUUCAGGUAUCCUGGCUAUUCGUGUUCUCGGCGCAGAGGACCUCUCUGUGCCCGGAGGCAACAUCCCGCCAGCAGUAGCAGCGGCGCUCAAGUCUCAGCAAGCAAAAGUAGCGGCCUCCGUGUCACCUUCAAGUGUCAAUCAACAAAGGCUGGCUAGCAAGCGCAGCAAUCGUGACAGUGUGCAGCGAAUGCAAUGUUGGUGGCUGCCGUACAUCGUUAUGGAAUUCGAGGUCAAUCAGGUCCUUAUCACGCCACUCGGCGGCGACCUAGGGAAGCCUCUGUACAUGUAUGAAACCAACUUCGACGUGUCUCGCAAUUCCGAGAUCUCGAUACAAUGUUACUUGCGCAAAGAGGAGCCCAAGCGCGGUGGUGAUGGCAUCGCGGACGACAUGGGCAACGAUCUCUUCAUGGGCGGCAUCCGCUUCACCCCAGACUUCGACGACAUGCCCACGCAAGAGCAAUGGUAUGACCUUUCGGGUGGCUCAGGGCGGAUACAGAUUGGUAUCGCAUUCCGGCCGAGCUCAGGAGCAUCUUUGACCAUUGAUGAUUUUGAGCUGAUCACUGUCAUCGGAAAGGGCAGCUUUGGAAAGGUCAUGCAAGUCCGAAAGCGUGACACCUCUCGUAUUUAUGCUCUGAAGACCAUCCGAAAACAGCAUAUCGUCGAGCGUGGCGAAAUCACGCAUACGUUGGCCGAGCGUCUCGUAUUGGCCCGCGUCAACAACCCAUUCAUUGUGCCACUGAAGUUUAGUUUCCAGUCAGAGCAGAAGCUCUACCUGGUCCUCGCCUUCGUCAACGGCGGGGAGCUGUUCCAUCAUUUGCAGCGCGAGCAGCGAUUCGACGAGGAGCGGAGUCGGUUCUAUAGCGCCGAACUUCUGCUUGCCCUCGAGCAUCUCCACGAACUGGACGUCGUCUAUCGUGAUCUGAAGCCGGAGAACAUCCUGCUUGAUUACACUGGCCACAUCGCUCUAUGUGAUUUCGGUCUUUGCAAGCUGAACAUGAAGGAUUCCGACACCACAAAUACCUUCUGCGGUACCCCCGAGUAUCUUGCACCAGAGAUCUUGUCUGGCCAGGGCUACAACAAGACGAUCGACUGGUGGACCCUCGGUGUCCUUUUGUUCGAAAUGCUCUCUGGUCUUCCUCCAUUCUACGAUGAGAAUACGGAGCAGAUGUACCAGAAGAUUCUCCAAAACCCACUCGUCUUCGGUGACGAUAUUAGCUCGCAGGCGCGCAGUAUCCUCACUGGUCUGCUCACGCGCGAUCCCACUCAGCGGCUCGGAGUGAAUGGCGCAGAGGAGAUCAAGAAGCACCCGUUCUUUGCGAAAAACAUCGACUUCAGCAAGCUGCUCAAGAAACAGAUCCAGCCGCCGUUCAAGCCGAGCGUCGCAAGCCCUGUCGACGUCUCGAACUUCGACACCGUCUUCACUACUGAGGAGCCCCUCGACAGCGUCGUCGAGGGCUCGCAGCUCUCGCAGACGGUGCAAGCUCAGUUUGCCGGCUUCUCGUACGACGGCACGAAUAUGCCCGUCAGUCCACAAUGAUUUGUCUAUCCUUGCUAUCGUCUUCGUUCAUCUCCCAUGAUCUUUGCUACCUCAUUACUGAUAUCCCCGCGCUGUGUAAUUGCCCCGUUGGACGUCCCGGCCUCAUUCCUUUCUCACUCUUUCGACAUCUCUAAUCACUACCAUCAUUACUAGCUACAGCAUACAUUACACUCCGCUCGUUGUACCGACUUAGGGCUGCCCUCCUUAGUAGACAAUCUGGAAAUCUUGGUUAUUAGGAUGUUAUAGGAUUUAAUGCUAGUCUGACUAUCCACUCUCAGAAAUCAGCCAGU